UGUGUGUGUCUGUGUGUCUGUGAUACAGUGGGAGGAGUGUGCACCUGUUAGUUAAGCUGCACCUGGUUGUCAGAGAGAAAAGUGUACGUACAUGACGCCUGACAGACUAAGAGAGAGAGAGGGAGAGGAAAAGGUGAGGAAAAAAAAAAGGUUUCAGGUCAUCAACACAGGGCAAUGAUCUCAGUCAGUGGAUCGGACUGUAAAUAGCAUCGAGAGGACUAAACUAAAGGCCAGUAACCUCUGGAGGGAAGACUACAGCCUCUGUGACGCACUUUUCACUCGCACAGGGCUCAUCUCUCCUUGGCCAUGGCUACGGCUGAGCCAGCCCCUGCCUGGUGGAAGCUGACCUUCCUCCGCAAGAAGAAAUCCGAGGCCAAGGAGUUGUAUGAGGUACCUCCAGAGUACAGUAAUAAUGCAGAGACAGCACCCGGGAUGAGCAGUACGACCGGGACACCUGACGACAGCCAGUUCAAUGCUCGCCUUGAACGCAUUGUGGACAAAACAGCCACAAAAGGACGACACGUUAAAGUCUCCAACUCAGGUCGCUUCAAGGAGAAAAAGCGCAUCCGGUCAACAUUAGCCGAAAACCCGGAAUUGUUCCCCAACCAAGACACUUGCAGUGGGAACCAGAGCACAGGGAACUGAAGGCUGGGACGUCAAUCUGUAAACCUUGAAUUUAUUCAGAUACAUAUGCAAAUAAAUUUUAGACAGUUUUUGAAUGCUGGAUUCAUUUAAGCAUCAACUAAAUCAAGCAAAAUAUUUUACUGUGUUUUAGUAGGGUUCUGCUUCAGUAGUCUUGAUCGCAUUUGUCCAGAGGGGAUAAAAUAUGGUUUCUCUGUAUAGUCCAAUAGAAUUUUUUUUUUAAUCAUCAAUACAGCAUCAUCACAUUGAAAACACGUCUGAUGGUGCUAUGGUCCUUAUAGUUAAUUCUGCUCAGUUGUAGUUGGAUCUUCAGCUGUUCCACCUUAGAAAGCUGGCUACUUUCUGACAAAGUGGUUUCUAGGGUAUGUCAUGCAUCAUGUGCAUUCGGUUUUAUUGUUGAAAGCAAUAUGUUUGAAUUUUGUAGUCUUGUUGAUUGUUGGAUGGUUGCUGGGUUUUUUGUUCCAGUGGUGUUGAGAUUCAGGCAGUACUAGCCAGCAGCUGGAAAUAAAUUGCUAUCAGUUUACUGUAGAACAAUUAAUAAUAAUUCAGUUCAUUCUCACAUUUCUGACUGAAUUUUGGACCUCUGGUCCAAAUAAUACAGAUAAUAAUAAUAACAAUAUAAUAAUAACAAUAAUACAGAGUGAAGUAUUUGCAGUUUAAUCAGCGUGCACAAUUAUGCAAAGAGGAAUAAGCAGUUUGCAUGGUGCAAUUAUUUCACUUCCAUUUAUUUCAGAGAACACAUAAGGUGUGUUUUUUUAUGCUUUUUUAUUUUUAUUUUUUUUUUUAAUAUUUCCUUUUUAAUUUUUUUUUUUGUAAAGUCCAGGUGUAAUAACCUCAGUGCCUUAUGAUCAGAGUUACAUUUCUUCCUUCCCUGUACAUCACCUGCCACUUUGCUGAAUAUCUUUCUGUGUUUUAAACUGUAUUUGUUUACUGAACUACCCUAUGAAUAUACUAUUGAAUUACUCAUGUUUUAAUGAAACUGUAAAAAUGUUUUUACAGCAAAGAUUUUAUUUGAUUUUAGCAUAAUACGAUUUUAAAAUACUAUCCAAAGAAAAAUGUUUUAAUAUAAUAUUAUAAUAUUUAAUAAUAAAAAAAACUUUUUCCAAUA